UUCAUCAUUCAUUUCGUCGCAAGAAACCGCCGCUCGCACACCGCCUGCUGGCCUGCUGAAAAACCACACGAUACUGUGUGUAAAUUGCGUUAAAUCACUGAAAAAUCAACGAAAAUCAAUCAAAAACAGCGAAAAUUUGAGUAAAAAACAUAAAAAUCGUGUUUUAAAGACUUUUAAACUGAAACUUUUAAAUAAAAUUAAUUAAACCAUAAAUAAUAUUAAUUAAUACAAGUGUUACAAGUGAUUAAAGUAAAUUUUCCCAUGUGGAAAGUACUUUUAAACUUUUUUAAACUUUAAUUUUUAAUAAUUUUGACGUUUUUUGACUCUUUAUCAUGUUUUCCCGCUUGUUUUUCGCGUUUGAAACGUGCGUGAUAUUGUCGUAUGCCUUACCGACCCCUAAGACGUCUUCGGGGGCGGCACAGCAAGAAGUAGCAUCAUCUGCAGAGCGUUUUUAUGAUGAUAAACUUGAUCUGUAUGUCGAUCGCAUCGCUGAACAAAUUGUCGAUUUUAACUUGGAGCAUCAUGCAAAACCGCAUGAAAGGGGCGGUAAACAUGAGAAACAUCAUCAUGGAAGUCGGCAUCACUUCGAAGAUGACAGCGAAGAGAUGCAGUCGGAUCAACCGCAGCCAGGACAACAGACUGAGCAAUUGUUACGACAACGAGCGCAGGAUAUUCAAACCCCCGAAGCCAGGGAUAAACUGGCCAUGACCAAUAAUAUUAAGGAAAAAGUUAUGUUGUUCAUCACGAAAGGCAACGGCAGCAAGAGUUAUGGUGAACGCGAUCGCUCAUUCUAUGCGAAUUGUGAUCAACCUACAAGCACAGAAGAAAACGACAACCUGAUGAAAUUGUAUUUCACGCUGUCUCAGUUGGAAGAUACGAUCGCUGCUGCAAAUCUACGCCUCUAUCGUAAAUCCCUGACUAAUCAUACAACCCUAGUUGAUAACAGCGACAUUCCACCAUGUUCUAGCCGUGAUAAUUCAGCGGAAAGUGAAAAAUUGUACCGCGUCACUUUGUAUUAUCACGUAAAAGGACAGAAGAAACUAAAACUUAAGAAAAAGAUUGGAGACUCCCAGGUUAUCGCCGAAUCAAUGCCCUACGUAAAUCUGAACGUUUUACACGGAGUUCGAGAGCUGAACAAAGGAAAAUCGUUCGGAGUGAUGGUACAAAUCGAAGAUCAGUUUGGAACCAUCGUCAAAGCCGGAGACUUCUUCAAAGGACCUUCAUGCACGGUUGGCAUGCCGACCCCUCAACCGGUACCAACAGCCUACGAAGAAACUCAAUCAAAUCUUGGAAGAAAUACGCACUCAGCCGACCUUAUUCGCAAGUCAGUGCAGCCCAAACUAGACGUGAAGACAAUCCAAUCACCGCCCGAAGAUGAAACAGCGUCCAGCUCAUCGAAUUCUCAAUCUUUCGGGUCUUCUUCAUCGUCGACGCGUUGUAGACACGUGCAGCUACGACACACGCAUGGGCAUCAUCAACAGAGGACGCGUGCGCCGCCCCCGCCGCCUUUGCCACUCGCUGACGGCGCUGUGAUUGUCUCCAAAGCAGGCAGCGGGAAUUACAAUGUGGAUAUGAAUCAACUGCGGCAGUUGCUCAAUCGCAUUCAGGAGGAUAACAACAAACAGCAGUUUAGCACAACGUAAAUUGAUGGAUUGUUGUAUUUAGGUAUUCGUAGACAUUAAUGUUUUGAAUUUUGAAUUGUGAGUGAACUGUGCGUGAAAAGUUCGAACUCUCUCGCCCGUGAGGAAUGGACACUGACUAAUUUAUGCUAUAUUUAACUUAACAACGUGUUUCGUGUUUUAUUCAACUUGCAGAUAUUGUAUUUGUCGACAAUGCAAACAGACGUGACGUGUAUAUAUUCUGUAUAUAAAUAAAUAAUAUAUUUUGUAAA